AUUAUGUAUUGUCCCAGCUAGUGAAGCUCAGAGGGGAAUUUACCGGGUGCCACAACUGGUGGCAGCAGGAUAGUCUCACUUGACAGCCUGAGCCUGUCCCUCUACAAGCAGCUUCAGGCUAGGGAUUCCAGCUAUUCUCCCCUGCUCCCACAGGCUGCGGGAAAAGACCAAUGGGAGUGAUUUUAGCAACGUGGGCCCCUUUAAGAAUAAAGUAGUAAAUUGUCCGGCUGGGAUUUGAUUGACUGCUGGGAUAGCCAGUGAGUUGGCUUAGGACCGAAGAGAGCGGGGCAGUCAAUGGGCUCUUGAAGGAUGGGCUGUAGUUUAGGGAAGUGAAGUUGUGGGUGGCCCUUCGUGAGCCAAUGGCUUCCCCAGGGCACGUCCCGGCGGAUAGAUUAAGGGAAGGGCGCGCCAGAGGCGGGUCGGUUCGCUCGCAAUACGCAGUUUGGUUAUGAUAGAGCAGAGCGGGCGCGGCUCAGUAGCUGGCUGGCUUAGCGGGUCUCAGCGCUGAGACAGCGGGCGGGGGAAUGGCUACGCUGCGGGGCCCUAAGGCGAGGAUGGAGAAGCUGGAGUCAGGUGCGGGCUUCUCCCCGCGGCGCUUCACCUGGGAGGAGAUCGGGCUCCGCACGGGCCGGGGGCACCCGCAGCAGGAGCGGUGGCUGGUGAUCGACAGGAAGGUCUAUGACAUCAGCCAGUUCUACCGGCGGCACCCGGGGGGCGCCCGAGUCAUCAGCAGCUACGCGGGGCAGGACGCCACGGAUCCCUUUCAGGCAUUUCACAUUGAUAAGGGGCUGGUGAGAAAGUACAUGAGCUCAUUGCAGAUCGGGGAGCUGGCCCUGGAUCAACCAAGCUGUGAGCCCACCAAAAAUAAAUUGCUGGUGGAGGACUUCCGGGAGCUGCACACCACUGUUGAAGGGAUGGGACUUCUCAACCCCAACCACCUCUUCUUCUUCCUGCUUCUCCUGCACAUUCUGAUGCUGGAUGUUGCUGGAUGGUUUGUUCUUUGGUAUUUUGGGACAUCUUUAGUGCCUUUCCUCAUCUCUACAGUGCUGCUGACCAUUUCUCAGUCCCAGGCUGGUUUCCUGCAGCAUGAUUUGGGGCACCUUUCAGUUUUCAGCAGUACCAAAUGGAACCACUUGGUUCACGAGUUUGUGAUGAGCCAUCUGAAGGGGCUUUCAGCACAGUGGUGGACUCUCCACCAUUCCCAGCACCAUGCCAAGCCCAACUGCUUCCAUAAAGACCCUGAUAUUGCAAUGCAUCCUUCCUUGUUUGCUUUGGGAAAGAUACUCUCUGUGGAGCUCGGCAUGAAGAAGAAGAAGUUUAUGCCUUACAAUCAUCAGCACAAGUAUUUCUUCGUCACUAUGCCCCUGCUUGUGGUUCCAGUGUUCCAGUUGUACUCCUUGUACUUCAUAUUCCAGCGCAAACUAUGGAGGGAACUUGCCUGGACUCUGACCUACUUCAUCCGAUUCUUUCUUUUCUUCGAGCCCUUACUGGGAGUAACGGGUGUCCUGGGAUUCCUCCUGCUGCUCAACGUCCUAGAGAGUAUCUUGUUUACCUGGAUAUCACAAUUGAACCACAUCCCUAUGCACAUUGAUUAUGAUAACAAUAUGGACUGGUUCUCUACACAGCUCCAGGCGACAUGCAACGUGGAUCAGUCCCUGUUCAAUGACUGGUUAACUGGGCACCUGAACUUCCAAAUUGAGCAUCAUCUUUUUCCUAGGAUGCCACGACACAACUACUGGAAAGUGACUCCCCUGGUGAAGUCACUAUGUGCCAAACAUGGCAUCGAGUACCAGAGCAAGCCUCUGCUCACUGGCUUUGGAGAUAUUUUGCGCUCUCUGAAGGAUUCGGGGGAACUCUGGCUUGAUGCCUAUCUGCAUGGAUAAGCAGCAGCAGCUCCUAUGGAGGAGUUACCUGGUAUUUACUGCCAUGAAGAUGUAGUACACAGCAGUGGAGGGCAAGCAGGUUCAGAGAGAUGAGUGGGCCUAGUUGCUGCAGUGGGAGAGUUGGUGGGCUUAGUUUCAGUGUGAGUGUGGGGUUUUAUGAUAUACUUUUUCUCCUAUUCUACCUCUGUAAGGUUUGGUAUGGGUAUAUGGGGACCACUAGGGAUUAACCUUACUAUGGGAAGGUGGCUUUAGCAGUAGGAACAGCAGCCCUUCUCUCUGCUGACAUUUCCCUUGCUGUGUACGUGGCAGUGAAUCCUAUCCAACUUCUUCCUAGUGUGAAAGAGUCAAAGUGAAAAUGGGGACAGUGUAAAUUCUGGGGAGAGGAAGAAUGUGGAGAAAUAAGGAGAAAAGCCAGUGCUGAGAAAGAAAAGGAAGAGCCUUUAAAGGCUACAAUAUACACUUAAAAUCUAUAAACUAAGUAUGUAAGCCACAAAGUGAAUGCUGCACGAGGGGGACUGGUUCUCAGCUAUGGACCUACAAAAUGCAUAUUUUUACAUUACCAUCCAUCUACUCUAACUCCAGUAUAUAACAAUUGACUUCAUAGAAGCACUGGACUCAGUGGAGGCAAAAGCAUAACUGUCAAUGCUUCAAUUCACAGCAAUGACCUCCCUCAUAUGAGUGGUCUCAGACAGCCCAUGGGUGUCUACAUGCACCUGCCUUCAACUCUUGGGAUGUACGGCAGCCUCCACUUUCAUUGUAACACACGCCAGACUACACAUGUGCUUCCUGCAAGUACUACUGAGCUUGGAAUACAUCCCACGAAAGCACGUUCUAAACAAAAGACUCACACCGACCCCAGAGGCCACCCCGAUAGUGGACAAACCCAGUAAAACUUUGCUCAGGCAUCCCAUUUCAAUAAGAUCCUCCAUCCGUACAAAUCACAACAGAUGCUUCACUGAUCUGAUGAGGAGCUCCCCUGAACCAACAUACAAUCCAAGGCAAAUUUUCCCCCACAGAAACACACUUACACAUCAAUCUGCUCGAAUCUCACACGGUCCGCAACAUGUGCCUACAUUUUCUCCCUAUUAUAUGUGGCAAAACGAUAAGCGUCCUGACGGAUAACAUUGCAUGUAUGUUCUAUAUAAACUGCCAGGGUGGAGCACAUCCCUUUCCUUAUGCACAGAGGCCUUAAAACUAUGGAACUAGUGCAUAAAACAAAACAUCACUAUUACCACAGCAUACCUCCCAGGUCGACUGAACAUAAUGGCGGACACAUUAACAGACUGUUUCCCCAAGAACACAAAUGGGAAAUGAACGAAAUAUUACAACACAUAUUUCAUGUGUGGGAUCCCUGCACAGAGAUCUGUUCAUGACAAUAAAUACAAAGUGCUCAAAGUUUUGCUCACAAGCAGGACUGGGAGCAUGAUUCCUAGGAGAUGCCUUUCUCAUCAAAUGGAAUGCUCCCCUCCUAUAUGCAUUCCCACUGAUACCUCUGAUCUCCAGGGUAAUACACAAAAUAUGAACCAACAGGGCCAAAAUAAUCCUCCAUAGUAUCGACAUGGCCCAGACAGACUUGGUUCCCUUGCCUGUCACACAUGGUGAUCUGCACACCAUUCACACUCCCUUGCCUAUAGAAUCUUCUCUUUCAGCAUGACAGUCAAGUCUUCCAUCUAGACCUGGAGAGACUUCACCUGAAGGCAUGGCUCCAAUGCGAUGAACUAACCUGCUCAGAACAAGUAAAACAAGUGUUAAUAAACAGCAGGAAGACACAUAUUACUUUUUUCCAAAAAUGGAAAAGUUCUUCUUAUGGUGCCAGACCAAACAAAUAUCUGCAAGACGGGCACCGCUUCCACUAAUCCUGGAAUACUUAUUAUCCCUAAAGAACUCAAGACUUGCUAUGAGCUCACUUAACGUUCAUCUUGCUGCCAUCACGGGCUUCCAUCAAGAGGUAGACGGGACCUCAAUAUUUGCUCAUUACUAAACUAUUUCUAAUGGGCAUACAGAACAUGUACCCAGACAUGUGAGAACACACACCAGCCAGGGACUUAAACCUUGUGCUCCAAAGGCUAACCAGAGCCCCAUUUGAACCUUUAGCCACAUGCUCAUUACUUCAUUUAUUUAUGAAAGUGACCUUUCUGGUUGCCAUUACAUCAGCAUGGACAGUCAGCAAGAUAAGGGUUCUCAUGGCUCACUCCCCAUACACAAUAUUCUUCAAGCAUUAGAACACACCCUAAAUUUAGGCCAAACAUUUCAUAUUUGUUCCACCCCAACCAACCGAUCCAUGUACCUGCAUUUCAUCCAAAACCACAUACUAACACAGAAGAGGUGACCCUUCACAUAUUGGAUGUGUGCUGUGCCUUAGCUUUUCACCUGGACAGAAUGAAACCCUUUUAAAAAUCACCCCAACUCUUUGUAUCAACAACAGAAUGGUCUAAAGGCUCUACCAUAUCCACGCAAAGAUUAUCCAAAUGGAUAUCCAUCUGUAUCCACAUGUGCUAUUCACUACACAACUCUGAAGCCCCGCCGGCCAUCAGAACCCAGUCAACAAGAGCUUUAUCUGCCUCCAUAGCAUUCCUACACAACAGUUCCAUUCUAGACAUAUGCAGGGCAGCUAUCUGCACCUCCAAACACACAUUCACAAACAACUAUGCAUUAAUCUCAGGUCAAGCUCAGACACAAGAUGAGGCCUCAUGGUACUAGCCUCAGCAAUGAACCACAAUCCAAAGUCCCUUCCAUCCUUAUGAGGGCACUGCUCUACAUUCACCUGAAGUGGGGCACCCAUAGGGACAGCACUUAAAGAAGAGAAGGUUACUGACCUUGUGCAGUAACUGAGGUUCUUCGAGAUGUAUGUCCUUGUGGGUGUGCCAUUACCCACCCUCCUCCCCUCUACUUCAGAGUUCGCUUUGAGGACUGUAUGGUAGAGACGGAACUGAGGGGAUCAAGAUGUGCGAGCACUAGAUGAAGUGCCAGUGGCACCAUGAGAUGGCUAUUGUGCACACACAUCCCAACCAGGCACUGCUACCAAAAAUCUCCAAUCAGGGGCACUGGGACACAUCAACACCUGAAGUGGAGCACCCACAGGGACACACAUCUCAAAGAACCUCAGUUACUGCACAGAGUGAGUAACCUUUUCUUCAGGCAGAAAAUAAGAAUUCUACUCCCCCCCCCCAACACCCACACACUUUUAAUAUUUUAUUGUGAUAUACAAGAAAAUAUACCACCACCACCACCCACAGCAAAGACAUAGGAUGGAUCUAAAUUGACUUAUUUGUGGAGGACAAGCAUACAAUAUAUAGCAUAAAGUUUUAAUUCUUACUGUAUGUAACUUUCAGUAUCAAUAAAUAACUGUUCUUUGCUCUGUGUAA